AUGGGGCUGGGGCUGGGGCCCGGUUCGGGCUGGCAGGCCGCUCCUCUCCUGGCUCUCUCAGAGCUUCUCGGUGCUGUGUUACCUGCCUCCCAUUCCCCGCGGCGGGAGCCGCCGGCGGACCCGUGGGCCGGCGCCAGCGGCGUCCCUGGCUCCCCUCUUCCUCCCGCCGACGCUCGGGUUCCGUCUGGUGGUGGGCAGCGCGGUGGCUCCGGCGCGCUCCCCCCGGGCCAUAGAGUCAGGGCCCCCGGCGCGGGAGCUCAGCCGCUCGGCCUGCCCAGAGGCUCGGCGGCUCGGCGGCAGGCUCGUUCCCCGCCCGCGGGGACGGCCGCUGCGGCGAAGUAUGUGGCCCCCUGCCGCCGGCGGGUCUGCAUGGAGCGCGGCUCCGUGGCGCGCGGGGAGUGCGGGGCGCUCCGGCGGUGGUGGGCCUCCCCCGGCCCCCGGCCCUGGCCUCGCCGGCUUCCUCCCGCGGCCGCCGCCCCCGCCCCGGCCCUCCCCUCCAGCAGCGUCACCGGGGUUCCCUCGCUCCGGUUGUUAUGGUUCUCCGCGGCGCGGGGCGAGCGGGGUCGGAUAUUCGGCGGGGGGUGA